UUUUUCAUGAACAUGCUGUGGAGUAUUACCAAAAUUUUCAGAAUCUAAGCAAUAUACAAAAGGGUAUGUUUUUAUUAGGAAUAUUAUCAAUAACUACUCAAAGUAAUAUAACUACUGAAGGUCAAAAACGUCAGUGA